AUGGUCACAGGGUUUAGGGUCAAGAACGGAGUACAACAGCCUGAGAGUGAUUCUAUCACUACCGUUGUCGAAACCACAGUUACUGGGAAUGUAGUUGACUCCAAAUAUACUGAUUCAUCAUCAUCGAGUAUCCUAACGACACUAUCAACUUAUACAACCACCAUGGCGAUUUCAACAACUACUACGUCGUCCACUUCGUCGACCUCUUCAAGUACUAGCACAUCGACCGGCGUCGCCACUCACACUAUUCAAGUUGGACCGAAGACAAGCCCACACGCCUAUGUGCCGCACAACAUCACCGCGAACCCGGGAGAUACGGUGAUUUUUGAGUUUUAUCCUACAAACCACUCUAUUGCGAAAGCGGAUUAUGAGGCACCAUGUGUCCCAGCGAGCAAAGAUAUCUUUUGGUCCGAACCAUUUGCCACGUUUGAUGAGGAAGAUGGAGAGCUUGUUGGCUCGCCUCCAACAUGGUCCCUUCUGAUUAACGAUACCGAGGGUCUCCAGAACUCGAGCAUGACUUGGGAAACCCAAUACAAAAAAGCCCUCAUUUAUCCCUAUAUGCUGCUUCCCGGGCAGUCCAUGCCAGCUGAGGGAUCAACCUCGAGCUCCGGGUCCAGCUCAUCAUCUAGCACUUCAAGCAGCAGCCACGGCCUCGGCACUGGAGCCAUCGCAGGAAUCGCAGUAGCAUGCGCCGCAUUCGUCAUUAUAUUGAUCGCAUUAGUCUGGACUCUCGGUCGCAAUCGUUUAUACUCGAAGUGGAUGUCUUCACAGGACGGUCGGACCGAACGUGCAGCUCGCUGGACCGUUUUCAAUUCCCACCCGGAACCAGAACCCGAACCACAAUCUCAGCCACAACACCAACCACCGGUCGCCCAGAAGAGUGAACUAGAUAGCAAUACGGGUUAUAGGGAGCCACCAUACGAUUCGACCUAUUAUUCCGGUUCUGAUCCCAGUCGUGACACGGCGUCAGAAGGAACAGGAACCAACACGUCUUCCAUGUAUGGGGCCUUCUCUCUACAGCGAGGAUCUGGACAGUGGAACUGGGAUACUCAACCUCGCAGUCAGCGCGGACCAAGUGAAUUAGACGCUACGAGCGUUCUGCCUCUCAAAUAUCCGUACGAGAGACAAUACCGGUGA